GGAAGUCCCUCCCCCUCCUCCUCCGUCAACACCACCUGUGGGCUCUGACCUCGGAUUUAAGUCGCCCUGCGGAGAUCGAACUCAUUCAGACGAGCAGAGACACGGAACCCGCUCACCUCUCACGCCCACAGCGCAGCUUUGUUUGAAGAAUGGAACGUGGAUUCAUCCUGAUCGCGGCGCUGGUCCUCUAUGCGUCACCGGCUGUCCAAGGAACGAAUCAUCUGAAGUUUUCCAACAACACGCAGGUAAACAUCACUCGAACAAGUUGCGGAAGCAACAAACUGUGUCUGUCGGCGCCAGACAGCUGCGACCCCACAGGAACCGGCCCCUGCCUGUUUGGGUCCGCGGCCGCUGUCCUCCCCGUGCUGCCCAAUGGCACCACGCUGUCAUUCCAACUGCAGGGCGAGUCCGCGGGCUACGUGGCACUGGGCCUGUCCCUGAGCGCCUCAGAGGCAGCCACCAUGCUUUUCGUUUGCGCUUCUAACGGCACGUCGUUCUUGUUCUUCACGCGGGCGACGAACAACUCCAACACCAACGCGACGCUCAUUCCCAUUGAGAGGAAUACAACAAACAUCCGUGGCGCGGUGAACGGAACCAGGAUCGGGUGUGAGUUUGACGUCCCAAACGUGAGCACCAGCACCACCCUCCGCACCGCACUCACCGUCACCCUCCUGCUCGGGACCGGCACGUUCAUCAGGGGUGAGCUCGGCCCCUUCAACAUAACCGCGAGGAGCGGCCCUCUGACCUUCGGCAACGUGACCCUGCCCCCCGUCAACGGCACGACGGCCCCCGUCAACGGCACGACGGCCUCCCCCACCGGCGGCGCCGGCGCGGUCCAGCCUCACGCUGUGCUUCUCCUGCUGAGCGUCCUCGCGCUGUCGGCCGCGCUGAGUGGAAGAAGUUAAAUGUAACUUUUAUACUUUCACCUGAAAGUAUAAAGGUGACUCAUUGCUCCCAUAAUUUUCUGAUUUUAUUUUUUGCAUUCUGACACCAAAGCCUGGUGCAGAUUGAAGGACUUGUCUGUUUCUUUGCAGUAAUUCCUGACUGUUAAACCUCCAGGUGUUUUUAUUCUUGAAUAUAAAAUGUAUCGAGUGAAAUGUUUUUGGAUAAAUGAAUAAAAGUUAAAUUAUA